GAAGUCCUUUUACAUUGUUGAAAUAAGUUGUCCUGCUACUGAUGAAUUCUAUGGAUUCGUGAUUCUAUUUGUAGAUUAAAGGAAGUAGAGUUUGUGAUUGUAUUAUUCUCAGAAUCUAAUUGUAGGAAUCUGCUUUAUGGUGUUUUACUUUUUCGACGUUAACCUUGUGAUUGACUUGAUUUUUUUUUUCGUGUAAGAAACUGUGACUUUCUGGGGCUUUAUGCAUGUCUAGCCCUGAGGUUACUAUUGACAUAGUGGAAGGAGCACUUCCUCGAUCAGAAAGAACAAAAUCUCUUGAUGCCAGUGCCGAAAAAGAAAACGGUUCUAUACUAACUAAUGGUGAAGUUGUCCAUAGUUCUGAAACUGCUGGAUUUAGAGUUGGGGAACUCUUGCCUUGGAAUGGAGACUUUUAUUCUGGGUCAUUACUCGGCAAUGUGCCAGAGGGUCGUGGAAAGUAUGUUUGGCAAGGUGGUUGUGUGUAUGAGGGAGAGUGGAGAUGUGGGAUGAGGCAAGGGACUGGCAAGAUACAAUGGCCUUCUGGAACUGUUUAUGAUGGUGAAUUCUCAGGUAGUUAUAUCCAUGGUACUGGGACAUACAUUGACUCUAAUAAAUUAAUUUACAAGGGGAGAUGGAAGUUGAAUCGCAAACAUGGUUUGGGAUAUCAAGUUUAUCCUAAUGGAGAUGUGUUUGAGGGCUCUUGGAUCCAGGGAACACCUGAAGGCCCUGGAAAAUAUACUUGGGCCAAUGGAAAUAUUUAUCUAGGGAAUAUGAAAGGUGGUAAAAUGUCAGGCAAAGGAACCCUCACUUGGACAAAUGGAGACUCCUUUGAAGGAAGCUGGUUAAAAGGAAUGAUGCGUGGAUUUGGAGUAUAUAACUGGAGGGAUGGUGGUUGCUAUGUAGGAACUUGGACACGGGGUUUGAAGGAUGGAAAAGGAUCAUUUUAUCCAAUUGGCAGCCGACUUCCUGCCUUACAAGAGGUUUACCUCAAUGCUCUGAGAAAAAGAGGAUUGUUACCAGAUUUGAGAAAGCAUAACCAUUCACAUAUCCACCAUGCUUCUUCUGUAGACAUGGGGUGUGUAAAGGUUUCUGGCAAUCGGCCAUCUCAUCGUAAUUCUGAUAAGCUUGCUGAAGGAAACUUAUUAAAUCUGGAUCAGUCUCGCAACAGAAAUGUUUCCUUGGAAAGACGCUGGAGUCUAGAGGUAUCCAUCGAAAAAGUUAUCGGACAUGAUUCAUCUUCAGAUUUAACUGAUUCUUUUAUUGAAGGAGAAGAAAAGGGGAGUGGAAACAAUGCACCAGUCUUAGAACGUGAAUACAUGCAAGGUGUCUUAAUUAGUGAGUUUGUGUUAAAUGAUAGUUUUUCAGCAUCAUCCAGAAGAGCUAAACGGAGACAAAAAAUGUUAGCCAAAGAGGUUAAGAGGCCUGGUGAAAUGAUUAGUAAAGGCCACAGGAGUUAUGAUUUAAUGCUCAGUUUGCAGCUUGGAAUCAGAUACACUGUGGGGAAAAUUACACCUGUACAAAGACGAGAAGUAAGAACAUCAGAUUUUGGCCCCAGCGCCAGCUUUUGGAUGAAUUUUCCUAAAGAGGGUUCACAACUGACACCUCCCCAUCAAUCAGAAGAUUUUAAGUGGAAAGAUUACUGCCCAAUGGUUUUCAGGAAUUUAAGGGAGAUGUUCAAGAUUGAUGCUGCUGACUACAUGAUAUCCAUUUGUGGAAAUGAUGCUCUCAGAGAACUUUCUUCUCCUGGAAAAAGUGGUAGUAUCUUCUUUCUGUCUCAAGAUGAUCGUUUCAUGAUUAAGACACUCCGGAAAUCUGAAGUAAAGGUUCUUCUAAGAAUGCUUCCAAACUAUCAUCGUCAUGUGAGGUCAUAUGAGAACACACUCAUAACAAAAUUCUUCGGUUUUCACAUAAUCAAACCAUCAAGCGGUCAAAAGUUUCGCUUUGUAGUAAUGGGAAAUAUGUUCUGCACUGAGUUAAGGAUCCAUAGAAGGUUUGACUUGAAAGGAUCAUCACUAGGGCGUUCUGCGGACAAUGUUGAAAUUGAUGAGAACACAACACUUAAAGAUUUGGAUCUCAACUACUGCUUUUACUUAGAACCUUCUUGCCGAGAGGCUUUAUUAAGGCAAAUAGAGACUGACAGUAAACUUUUGGAAUCACAACACAUAAUGGAUUAUAGCCUUUUGCUUGGAGUGCAUUAUCGAGCACCCCGACAUUUGAGGUCUCCCAUUUCCUACAACAGAGUGGAUGGAUUAGGGAGUGUUGCAGAGGAAGAUGAGGAUGAAAUUUCCAACUACCCACAAGGACUUGUUUUGGUUCCUCGUGGAACGGAUGACAGUGUUGUUGUCGGUCCUCACAUACGAGGUCGACCUCUUAGAUCCGCAGGUGAUGAGGAUGUCGAUCUCCUUCUUCCUGGUACAGCCAGACUCCAGAUCCAGCUUGAUGUGAACAUGCCAGCAAGGGCUGAGCAGAUUCCAGGGAAAGAAGAGAACAUGUUCCAUGAAGAAUAUGAUGUUGUCCUGUACCUAGGCAUGAUCGACAUUUUGCAAGAAUAUAACAUGAGUAAGAAGAUUGAACAUGCCUAUAAAUCUCUUCAGUUUGAUUCCGUAUCCAUAUCCACCGUUGACCCUACAUUUUACUCGCAAAGGUUCCUGGAAUUCUUUCAGAAGGUAUUUCCUCAAAACUCAAUUAAAGGUUGAUAAAUUUCUGGGUCUAUUUUCCACUCUCCUGAGUUUCCUCAAGAUGGUCAAACUGUUUUGAGAAAUCGAAUGCUAGGAGUCGGUACAAUUUGAAUACCCCGAGCAGCAUUACUGAAAUAGUAGUUAAAGAUGGUCAUCUCCAGUUCAUGCGAAGAAUUGUUCCUCGCCAUUGUUUUUUGUUCUGCUUUACGACAAUAUAGUAGGACUUGUUCAAUGCUUAUACAUGAACUUUUAACUCAGAAUUUCCAUAGCUUGUCUAAAUUCAAGGAUCUAUCCACGAUAUCACA